UGUUCAUGAGUUCCUGGGCAAUACACAUAUUGGAUAUUGUUGGCUUUUUAUGAUGUGUUGAAUAAUGUUACUGAGUAUUUAGUGUUGCUAAAUGACCAAGGUCUCGUGAUUUCUUGGAUUUAUAAGACGGUUCUGAAGUGUCAGUAAUGGAUGAACCAUACAUUAAUUUUAUUCCUCCCCCAGAGGCACCGGUUUUCACUCCCACUGAGGAAGAAUUCGCAGAUCCACUAGGAUACAUUGCAAAAAUAAAACCUAUUGCCGAAAAGACAGGAAUAUGCAAAAUUAAACCUCCACCGGAUUGGCAGCCCCCAUUCGCAGUGGAUGUAGAUAAAUUCAGAUUUACUCCGAGAGUUCAGAGAUUAAACGAACUUGAGGCUUUCACCCGGAUUAAACUUAACUUUUUGGAUCAACUUGCAAGAUUUUGGGAGCUGCAGGGCUGUUCUUUGAAAAUCCCCCAUGUGGAGAGAAAGCUACUGGACCUGUACAAUUUGUACAAGGCUGUUGAAGAAGAGGGUGGUAUGGAAUUGGCCACCAAAGAAAGGAAAUGGUCCAAGAUUGCCCAGAGGUUAAAGUAUCCUCCAGGAAAGGGGGUGGGGGGAUCCCUCCGAUCUCACUACGAGAGAAUCCUCUACCCAUUCUUCAUCUUCAAGAAAGGCGAAUCCUACCCAGCUGAGCAACCAAAACCAGAUUUGUCUUCAAAUGCUGAAGAGGAGGACAAGUCCGACAAAGAUUACAAACCUCACGGAAUAGCAGCUAAAACCGCAGCAGGGGGAUACACUCGCAAAAACAAGAAAGAAAGAGCACAGAAACAGCUUCCCUCUGACACAGAUGAAGUCCCCACAGUCUUAGAGAAGAUGGACAUUGACUACAAUGUGAACUCAGAACUGAAGAAGUUACAGUUCUUUGGAGCUGGACCGAAAGCUGCUGUCCCCCCAGCCGGGGAAGGAAAAGGUGAACUCAAAGAUGAGAUUAAGGUAGAACCAUUGGAGAAUGGAGGAGGUGUUAGCACCAGACAUAAAAACCCAGGCCCAGGCGCAUACACCACGGUGGAUUUGUACAUCUGUCACAUGUGUAACCGCGGUGAUGGGGAGGAGUACAUGUUGCUAUGUGACGGAUGUGAUGAUGCAUUCCAUACGUACUGCCUAAUCCCUCCCAUGCCUGAGGUCCCUAAAGGGGACUGGAGAUGUCCUAAAUGUGUGGCAAAGGCUUGCUGUCGUCCUAUGAACCCUUAUGGAUUUGAACAAGCUAAAAAGGACUAUAGUCUGCAGAGUUUUGGAGAAAUGGCUGACCAGUUUAAAUCCAACUACUUCAACAUGCCAGUGCAUAUGGUGCCGUGUGAGAUGGUGGAGAAGGAAUUCUGGCGAUUGGUUAACUGUAUUGAGGAGGACGUAUCAGUAGAGUACGGAGCUGAUAUCCACGCCUCAGAAAUGGGCAGCGGCUUCCCAACUAAGGACACCAAGGAGAUGUUCCCAGAGGAUGAGGAAUACAUCAAUUCUGGGUGGAAUCUGAACAAUUUACCAGUCCUGGAGCAGUCUGUUCUCUGUCACAUUAAUGCUGACAUCUCAGGCAUGAAGAUUCCCUGGUGCUAUGUGGGGAUGUGUUUUUCCAGUUUUUGUUGGCACAAUGAGGAUCACUGGAGUUACUCUAUCAACUACAUGCACUGGGGAGAACCAAAGACUUGGUACGGAGUCCCUGGAGCCAUGGCUGAUUUGUUUGAAGAUGUGAUGAAGAAGAGUGCCCCCGAAUUGUUUGAAGCUUCCCCAGACCUUCUUCAUCAGCUGACCACUAUAAUGAACCCCAACAUUCUCAUGGACCAUGGGGUUCCAAUUGUACGCACCAACCAACAUGCUGGAGAGUUUAUCAUAACCUUCCCCCGAGCCUACCAUGCUGGCUUCAACCAGGGUUACAACUUUGCUGAGGCUGUAAACUUUGCACCAGCUGACUGGUUACCCAUAGGACGUGCCUGUAUUGAACACUAUAGAUCUUUGUGUCGUCAGUGUGUUUUCUCACAUGAGGAAUUAGUAUGUAAAAUGGCAGCUGAUCCAGAUAACCUAGACCUAAUCAUUGCAGCCAGCACUCACAAAGAUCUGCUUGCUAUUGUGGAAGAUGAAAGGAAACAACGCAAAAGCCUGCUGGAAAUGGGAACAAAGGAGGCGGAGCGUGAGGCGUUUGAACUGCUCCCUGACGACGAGCGACAAUGUGACUUCUGUAAAACCACUUGCUUCCUGUCUGCUGUCACCUGUCCAUGUAAACCAAAUAAAGUUGUUUGUAUUCACCAUGUGGACAAGCUGUGUGUUUGUAAACCAUCACAAUACUGCCUGAGAUAUAGAUACACUCUAGAUGAAUUACCCACAAUGCUCAAUCGUCUGAAAGUACGUGCCGAAUCAUUUGACAACUGGACAACCAAAGUCAGAGCAGCUCUGGAGGCUGAAGUGGAUGAGAAAGUUGAUCUGUCCGAUCUGAAGGAGUACAUCAGUGAAGCAGAAGAGAAGAGAUUCCCGGACUCCGAGUUGAUGCAGCAGUUAGUCAUGGCCGUCAAUGAGGCAGAGAAAUGUGCUAAUGUGGCGGCUCAGCUGGUGUCCAAGAAAGCCAGAACGAGAAAUCGCCACAAUGAAGGGAAAUACAUAGCCAAGCUAAGUUUAGAUGAACUGAACUGUUUCUAUGAACAAGUGGCCAGUCUGGCGUGUGUGAUCAAGGAAGCCAAACUGGUCAAGGAGCUACUGGAUAAGGUAGUACAGUUCCAGAGAGAGGCCCAGGAGGCGUUAGAAGCCGAGAGUCCGGACUCGGAGAAGUUAGAACAGCUGAUUGAGUUCAGCGUCACGCUGGAUGUAGAUCUCCAGGAGAUACCUAAACUGAAGCAGGUGCUGCAGCAAGCCAAAUGGCUUGAUGAGGUCAAACUGACCCUCCUAGAAGAUCAGCAGCAGGUCACCCUGGAGUCUAUGAGGAAGCUGAUGGAGGCAGGGGUGGGGCUGGCCCCUCACCCCGCUGUAGAGAAGGCCAUGGCUGAACUACAGGAGCUACUGACAGUCAGUGAGAGGUGGGAGGAGAAGGCCAGGAUCUGUCUGCAGGCCAGGCCCCGUCAUGUGAUGGCAACACUGGAAGCCAUUAUAAAUGAGGCCAAGGGUAUCCCAGCAUUCCUACCCAAUGUCAGCUCACUCAAAGACGCUCUGAAGAAAGCAAAGGAUUGGACGCAGAAAGUCGAGACUGUACAGAACUCGGAUUCCUACCCCUAUCUGGAUGCUCUGGAGAGUCUGGUGAACAAAGGUCGUCCUAUUCCAGUCCGUCUGGACCAGCUACCACAGGUGGAGUCUCAGGUUGCCGCCGCCAAGUCGUGGCGGGAGAGGACCGCCAGAACCUUCCUAAAGAAAAACUGUACAUACUCUUUACUAGAGGUUCUGUCACCCCGAGCUGACAUAGGAAUUUAUAGUGGUAGUAAGAAAGUAAAGAAAAAGAUCAAAGAGGAGGGAAGAGAUCGCCGUGACAGCGAGAAUAACAACCAGUCAGAUUACAGAGUGGAUGAACAAAGAGAUCCUGCCGCUAUUGUUGCUGCAUUCAAAAUGGCUGAGCAUAGAGAGAUAGAACUGAUGAGAGAGUUAAGGGACCGUAACUCUGCCAAGCUCCGCCAGCCACACGGAGAGGCCAAGUACUGCAUCUGUCGUAAAGAGGGAUCGGGAUUCAUGUUACAAUGCGAGCUCUGUAAAGACUGGUUCCACGGAACCUGUGUCCCCUUGCCUAAAUCUGCCAACCUGAAGAACAAAUCUCAGCAGGCUGCCGCUGUGCAGGCCGCUAAGGAUCUCAAAUUUCUCUGUCCCCUGUGUCUGAGGUCACGCCGGCCCAGACUGGAGACCAUCCUGUCUCUCCUGGUGUCCCUACAGAAGCUGCCCGUUCGUCUGCCGGAGGGGGAGGCCCUGCAGUGCCUGACCGAGCGAGCCAUGGCCUGGCAGGACCGAGCUCGACAGGCUCUCACCACCAGUGAACUCGCUUCUGCUCUUGCCAAACUCAGCGUACUGAGUCAGAGGAUGGUAGAACAGGCUGCCAGAGAGAAAACAGAGAAGAUAAUUAAUGCCGAGUUAAUGAAGGCAGCAAACAACCCUGAGUUACAGGGACAUCUGGCCAGCGUGACACAGAGUGCGUUCGGUGGUACAUCAGGGGUGAUCAGUGGGAAACAGAUGGACUCAGGGUUCCUGGACUCAGAAAACUCCCUGUCACCACCCAUGUCCCCCGAACAGAACUCAGAUGACAUUCAGAUGGAGGUGGAGAUAUCCAGCAGCACUAACCACACGGGAAUGUCAGAACAUGCUUAUUCCACAGCCUCAAAGGGCGGAUCUAAUGCCUCCCCCAGGAAACAUCAGAGGAAGUCCCCCCUGGUGGCCCGGUCUGGCCUGGAGGCCCCGGUCCUAGAGCUGUCACUGACCGCCAAGAAACAGCUGGAGGAGUUGAUGAUGGAGGGGGACCUGUUAGAAGUCUCCCUGGACGAGACCCAGCACAUCUGGAGGAUCUUACAGGCCUGUCAGCCCCGGGGGGAGGGGAAACUGCUGGAUCUGGACAUCGGAGAUAAGGGUCCUGAAAACAUUGUGCCAAAGGAGAACUUUGAAAGAGAAAAAAUGGUUGUGAAAUUCAAAAAAGAAAAGGACCCAGAAAAGAAAAAGAAGAAACGGAAGAAAGAGGAAGAAGGCGGAGACAUGUCCAAACCAAAGAAAGCAAAGGAUGGAUCCGAAGGAGGGGAAAAACCCAAAAAGGUCAAGGUCAAAAAAGAGAAAGGAGAUAAGGAAAAGAAACUCCUAAAGGAAUUUGAACUCCAGCAAGAUCAAAUUAUGUCAGAAUCAACUGCAUCGGACAUUGAGAAGAUAAAGUUAAUGGUUGACCUAAAUGCUGAAAAACUCAAAAAGUUGGAAAAACCCAAGAAGAAGAAAAUCAAGGUCAAGAAAGAGGGGGCAACAGAAGAAAUCGAGAAGAAGAAGCGAAAACCGAGGAAGAAGAAAGAGAAGGAGUGUCUUGUGAUGAUGGAAGAUGAUGCGGAUGAUGAUGACGAUGAUAAUUGUGCAGCAAUAAAAUGUCUGAAGCCCACAGGUGAGGAGGUGAACUGGGUGCAGUGUGACCGCUGUGAGGAGUGGUACCACCUCCUGUGUGUGGGACUCGGAGCAGACGAGGUGACCGAGGACGAAGAGUACGAAUGUUUUAAGUGUAAAAACCGGGACAGUGCACUGACUUUUGUGUCAUCCAACGGAACACCAAAUACAGAGGGGGUGGUCAGGAACAGCCUUCGAGAGAGCAUUACCAUCAGUACGUCAUCGGGGUUGAUGACCACGCGAGAGACUGAGCUUGUAACAGUGAAGGACGUAGAAAUCACUCCUCCAGAAAAGAUAAACACUUCUCCACAAAAGAUUGUACGGACUCAAUCACCCAUCAAAAUUCAGGAAUUCUGUUCUCAAAAAUCUUUGGCUGGAAAAGUGUCUGAGAGCGCAGUGAUGAAGUGUGUAAGUGAGGGCGGGGAUUUAUUGAGUUCUGUGAUACCGGGAGAGGACAUUGAGGAAGAACUCAUCGCUAUGGAGAAGGAGGACAGUAACCAUGGAGACACAGGACAGGACAGUAACCAUGGAGACACCCGACAUGAAGUGAAGGACGGAAGUCCGACUGAUUCGGUUGUUGUGGCAGACAUUAUGGAUGGUAUGAUGACCCGGUUAGAGUCGCCAGUGAUCACAACCAAACCCAGCACAGACGAAAUAGAGGAGAUGUCACCAAAUAUAGAGUCCAUAGUACAAACAGCAGACGAAUCAUGACCUAAUGAUCUGUCUGUUUGUAGUAUAACUGCUGGUAACAUCUUGAUGAAUUAAUGGCCAUGUAUAUACAUACAUACAGAAACUUCAGAGAGAGAGAGAGUGACAGUUGUGCUUGCCUUCAUCUUAUUGCAGGUUAAAACCUGACAGUGUGAAUCCUUGUUUCACAGAAUUCUUGUCAACAGUUUGUAUUAAAACAUUGCCAUAUUCCAGUCCUAACACCAAACAUUCAAUGAAAAUUGUAUUCCCCCUAAGCAUUGUCAUCAUAUUUCAAGUCAGAUUUUCUUCUCAUGUUUAUACUUGUACAGAAUAUCCAACUGUUCAGAAGCAGCCAUAUUGUACAGUUCCUCACGUUGAUCACUUUGGAGUGCUAUGUUUUGUGACAACUUCAUUACUUGUAACUUGUGACUGCUAUCAAUUUCAUCUUAAGUUACAUACAGAUUUUUAUACUUAUUUGUUACAUUUAGAUCCAUUUGUUUUAUUUAUUGUAAAUCUUUUGUAGAUAAGUGUGUUGGCUUUGUUUUUGUUUUAUCAUGUUUAUCUAUUUCUGUUGUACAUGGGAGUUGUACAAGAAUUUUACAUUAUUUCAUUUUGUGGUAUUUUGUGAGGAGGACAAUUUUAGUUACGUACAUAUAAUGGUUUAUGUACCAUUCUCCUUUGCAUAAAAGAUUAUCAUGAUUAAGAACUCUUAAUAUUGUGUAUAUUGAUUGAUGAAAAUAUAUUUGAGGUGUCUAAUUCUUUCUGAAGCAAUUUGUAUUGACUAUUAAAGAGGGAAUUGUAGUAUUAGCUUAAUUACUGGUAGUAAACACAAAAACCAAAACCAAAAUUGUGCCGCAGCUCCAGCAUUUACAGAAAUCUGUUAAGCUUGUUACAAAAUGAACAUAAACUAUGAUUGCUUGUAGAAAUUCAGUUAAGGUAAACAUUUUGGCAUCCUUCCUGAAAAUUUCAGUUUUUUUCAAGAAAAAAUUUAUAUAUGAAUGUGUAUUAGUUUAUCAUUUUAUAAAUGCAAUAAUAUCCCUAUUGAACUGGGAAAUGGUAGAAGGAUUAUGCCACAAUGUAUACUUUUACAAUUUUUACAUUUAGCAACAAAGUUUCAUUAAAUGAUGUAUCAUUCUGAAUGAAGUCAGACUGUUUGUUUAAAAAAAUUUUGUAUGAAAUUUGGUUAUGAAUGUGUUUAUGUCAUAUUGUGUAGAUGAACAGAGAAAAAAAACCACCAUUAAAUAAAAGUUAAGUAAAACAA